AUGAGAGGGUAUUAUCAAUCCAAGACUCCCAUCGAAGUGGGUAUGUGGCUCUUUGUUGAGAAGAAUCGCCAGCCCAUCAACGACUCGGUCAAGCGCGAAUUGUUGGCACGAAAUGGCAUCCCAAAUGCCCCAUCACCUAUAGCUUCAAUUGAUAAUAACACGGUCCAGAUCGGGACGCAGCAUACACAAGAAAACCAAGAUGCCGUUGGCCAAUCGCCCGAAAAUGCGGGAGGAAAUGGUGUCAGACCUGAUUUGGCCGCCCAGAUGUCUAGACUGCAGUUACACCGGCCGAUAGAUUUUCGACAAGAUUCUAUGAGCUCAAGAGCUUAUCCAAGCCGGACGGUGAUUGGAUUUGAGACACUUCCUGUAUCCUAUCCUCUUCUUGAGAAUGUCAUCUGCUUUGGUACCCACUAUAUACAAAUGCCGUUGCGGGCAUCUCCUUACAAUGAUAGAUUGGCGUACUGCAGCCCUGUUUUGACUUGGUCUGAUACGUCCAACUGCAGCAUAAGUUUCCUGGUUGAAGAAAUUCCGCAGCAGACUAUUCCUAACAAUGGCCAGUGUUGGCACCGUAUGUUUAAAAAUGCAACUAUCGUCAAAAGAAUCCCCAUUCGACGAAAAUCCGUGGCGCGCGUUGGUCUUGAAAUCCCGCUCAACAUCAUGGCAGGCCUGGCUCGAACCAGACGAAUGGAGGAAUUUAAUGGAAAAUGUUUCCUCAAGGGCUUUUCUGCAAUGUUGGCACCAACAAAACGAUCAGGCGAUACCAUCAUUUGGCACUAUGUUUACAAAGAGGAUGGGAGCUACAUCUCAUUCUUGGACAACUCCGGAGGUCUUGAACAUGUCAACAACGUCGAUGUUGAGACAAGCCGGCAUGUUGUUGGGCGGUGCAUGGAAGCAAAGAUUUACGCUGGAUCUUCAAAAGCUGAACCCGUCAGUUGCUCACAUUUGCCUAAGCCUCAGGCAGAUGACCUUUUCUCCAAUAUUUCUGUAUCUUUGGGAAGAUACGUUGUAGGUGGCUCACCAUAUAUGCUGGGAGCUAAAGACACACCUAUCCACAUAUCAGAAGAUGGCUAUAUUCCAAGACUAAAGUGGAUUUCCAGAAAAUUUGUGUUGCUGUGGGACGAAGCUAAUAAGCGUGGGUGGCUGGUUAACGGCACUACCGCGUUGCUUCAUCUUGUUCGUGCAUCACUUAACCACGACAGUAAAGACGAAUUCAAGCCGGCAUUCCUUUUCAAAAGAAAGCUCAUCUGUUACGACCUGACCUCAUUAGGUCGCAACGGAAGUACGUACCUCGGAAGAACCACGGAACGGAGCGACGAACGCCAGCGCUCCAUAGCCUACGAGGAGCGAUGGGCAACAGCGCUCCCUAUGAAAUGA